AUUAAUAUACGGUACAAAGGUUAAUUUUUAAGUGAGAUAUUUUAUAACGUACAUACAUUUGUAACCGGAACUUCAUCGAAAGAAAUGUGAGUGUCGACUACAAAUUGUGGACGGACCUAAACAGUCACUGAUGGCGUGCUAGCAACGUCAGAAAAUACCAAAUUUCUUCAGUUCUGGUUUGCAGAGAUUUAAAAUUAAAAGGACCUUUUACAUGCACGACAAGCUACAAUGGAUGCUCUGCAGAAAAGGAUGAUUCAAGAAGAUACGGUUCAGUACAAACUAUUCUUGGUCCAGUCAAAUGGUUUAUCUUCUCAGCAGACUGAAGAACGCCUAAAAUGCUUGACAGAGGAGAUUUUGGCUAAAUUAGCUCCACUUUUGGUACAGUAUAUCUGGCAACAUCAGCCAUUCAGCCUCAGAUUUCAUUCAGAGAAAGGAAAUAUUCCUGCUCACAUUGGAGGCAGCAGUCAGUUUGGAGACAACGUUGAGGACGAGUGGUUUAUUGUUUACCUCUUGAAGCAGAUCACAGAAGUUUUUCCAGAGCUUGCAGCCAGGGUUGAGGACAACGAUGGGGAGUUUAUUCUGAUCGAAGCUGCUGAUUACCUUCCAAAGUGGUUGAACCCAGACACGAGUGAAAACAGGGUUUUUCUUUACAAGGGAGAGCUGCACAUCCUUCCUUGCCCCUCCAAACUAAGUCCAGUGGGCUUCCCAGUUGAUGUUGUUCCCAGUGUGGCAGAAGCCAUAGCACUACUCUCCACUCAUCCAGACUCCUGUCAGGCCAGCCCUAAGAUAUGCUCAGCUCUGAACAAGAGAAUAAAAGAGUAUCCAGAGAAGAUCCAGAGUAACCUCCACCGGGCUCACUGCUUCAUACCUGCAGGGGUAGCCACUGUUCUGGCGCAGCGUCCAGACCUGGUUGCUCCUGCGGUUUCAGCGUUUUAUCUGCGGGAUCCGGUGGAUCUACAGGCCUGUCGAAGCUUCAAGACUUUUCCUCCUGAUACGAGAAUCCUCACUUUGGUGACGUUCACCCGCUGCCUUUAUGCACAGCUGCAGCAGCAAGAUUUUAUCCCAGAUCGGAGGAGCGGAUUUAGCCUGCCUCCUCGCUCUCAUCCUCAGUACAAGGCUUAUGAGUUGGGCAUGAAACUGGCCCAUGGCUUUGAGAUCCUGUGCUCUAAAUGCAGACUGCCGUCCUCGGAGCCAAACGCGCCAGUAAGCUGCAACCCCCAGUGGAAAGGCUUCUUGGAGAGCCUGAAAAAGAACGACUACUUCCAGGGAGAGCUGGAGGGUUCGGUACGUUUUAAAGAACGCUUAAGAUCAGCAGAAAUUUUCUUCAAGUACUCCGUUGUCUCAAAGUCAAGUCCUCUGUCCCCUGGGGAGGAAGUUGUUGAGGUGCUUCACAGCAGUCCUCCGUUCGACUUGGAGGAAUUGAAAAAACAGCAGUCACAGCUUCCCCAAGAGGACAGUGACAGCUGGCUUGAUGUCACAGCUCAGGAUUUGGAGCUGUUAUUGCAAGAGAGAAGCAGCAGGAGAGUUGAUGUUGGCAGCAAAAGCUCCAUUUCCACUAAUCAGAAGCAGCAUGUCAGUGAAGCAUCAGAGGCGGGAAAAGAGAUGGAGGACAGCAAGGACGAAGAGGAGGAUGCUGGUUACAGCCUGGUAGCUGUCAGUCAAGGGAUGAAGGACUUCCUGAAUGCCAUGUCGUCAUACGAAGGAGCUGAAAUGCCCUGGAAAAGUGUAACACAGCCUUUUAGCUUUGACCCGGACACCAUGGCCAGCGCUCUGGACAAAUUACUAGGAAGCAAAGAAGAGCUAGAUUCUGAUGAUUUAGAUGAUGACGAUGAUGAUGAUGACGACGAGGACGAGACAGAGAAGGGCUCAUCUGAUCAUGCAGAUAUGAGUGGAGCAGAAACUCUGGAUGGUCUCAAAAGAUACAUGGACCAAAUGGAUCAGGAGCUGAUGAGCACUAAUGUGGGACAAAGCUUCACGCAAACGAAUUACAACAAGACCGAUUGGGACGGGAGCUCCUCACCUCCCUCCGCGGGAGACGGUCUCCCGGGGGAGGAGGAUGGAAUGGAAGCAGAAGACAUCCAGCCAUUAGACAUUGAUGUUAAUUUGGUCACAAAUCUGUUAGAGUCGCUGAGUAGCCAGGCUGGACUGGCUGGACCUGCUUCUAACCUGCUGCAGAGCCUGGGGUUGCAUCUGCCGCCCAACUCCGAUCCCUCAUAGAGGAGGGCGGAUGUUGGGAAUCAGGGAAGUGACGGAAAAAGCCAAAGUCCAGUGCCUUCAUUACAAAUAACUUCAAAAGAAAAAUGUGUGUGUGUGUGUAAAUAUAUAUCUACGGUAUAUUACUGUAAAACAGUUUUUUUAUGGAUGUAGGACAUGUCCUGUGGAGCACUUCCAAAAAAAUUCAAUAAACUAAUGAUCUCAAACACAA